GCUACAAUAUCGAAUUAGCUCAGGGUCUAAUGAGAGGUAAACAAAACUUUAUACUAACUCGAUUUGUAAAAUCUAAUUAACCCACUUAGCUAGGGGUGGCAGUACGGUCCGGUCCGGUUAAAUUGGCCCGAAUGGAUCCGGUCCGGUCCGGUCUUUUUGGAAAUAUGGGGACCAAAACUUGGAUUGGGUACAGUCCGGUUUUGACCCGGUCCGGUUUUGACCCAGUCCGGUCCCAAUCCGGUUUUGACCUGUUUUGACCCGUUUUGACCAUGUUGCAAAAAAUUCAGCAGCAUAUACCUAUUUCCUGGAAUGUAAACAACCUGUUUGUAGCAAAAAUCAAGCCAAAUAUGGUCCAAUACACAAUCACAACCAUCAUUGAUGUCUAUUACAAACUCAAAGUCCAAUUCAAACUUCAAAAUAAAAAUAAAGUGCAUCACAAGUUCACAAACAAAGUUUAGACAUCAAACACCAAAUUCACUCCAAUCUAACAAAUUCGCCAAACCAUUUCUACUCAUCAGGUUCAAGAGAAAUAAAUGAAGCAUUAGAUCCACCUCCUUGAUUUGUUCCACUCCUCGAGCCAAACACAUCACUCCCUCCGACAUUGCUCGUACUUGUACCUUCGUGUUCAUUCACAUGCUUGUACCUUCGGUAUUCGCUUCUUAGUACCCUGCACAAAACAAUUCAAUCCAUUGAAGAACAAACAAAAAUCAAUCGAUAAUAAAUUCUUCCAACCCUGGUAUAUCACAUUCCAUCAUUCAAAUGCAGCAAUUCUUUUAGACUAUAAGCAAAACUGUAAUAGCUAGCAUGUGUUUCUGCCACUGCCAAAUCUUUGGCAUAUCUCUUUACUUUGUCUUGGCUGGAUUGUUUUUGUCAUUUUGGCAAAGGCUGGAAAUUUUCAUUGAUAAGCAAAAGAUGCACCCAAAAUUUAAGAAUUUGUGCCAAUGGUCAGUACUGUCGAAUAAUACAAGAACUAAAAGAAAGAAAUAAAAUCAAUUCAUGAGAACAAUGGCGGGUUAGGCAGAAUAAUUAAGGAACGAAGUGACGACAAACAACAAGGACACAUGAUGAGCUUCAUUCAUUUGCACAGUUUGCUUACCCAGCUGCUGCUGGCUUCCAUUUUUAUGAGUUCGCAGAUGUUCCCAAAAGUCGACGAACGGUGAUGAGGCUGCGGGAGGGCGACGAGGCUAUGACAGAGCCGGCGACGAGGCUAUGACAGAGCUGAGUCGGAGUCGCGUCGGGGCUGGGCUGGGUCGGGGUCGUCGCUGCUCGCUGUCGGCGCGGAGGCGGGUCGGGGUCGUCGCUAGGUCGGCGCGGGCCGCGGAGGCGGACUGUGGACUGGAGCGGCGAAAUGGUGAAAUGGAGGCAGAGAGACACACGGACACGACGAGUACGAGAGGCAGAGGAGCGGCUGCGUCAGUGCGUCUCCACUCCAGCCAACCCUAAAAUUAACAAUGGGCUUCUAUUCUAUGGGCCGCCGAGUACUGAGUUUAUUUGGGCUCUUAUGGGCUUUGGCUUUGGGUCAGAAUUGCCUCUGGUCUGAUUUGUUUUUAUUUAUCCGGUCUUCCGGUUUUUACACGGUUUUGACCCGGACUGGACUGGUCCGGUUUUUUUGCUAAUUCUGGGACCAAAGACGGGAUUGGAUUGUUUUACAUCCGGUCUCGGUCUUAAAACGGUCCGAGUUUUACGGUCCGAUUUCCGGUUUUCAAUCCGGUCCCGGUCCAAACUGCCAGCCCUACACUUAGCUCGCAAGGUGUCUCGUUUAGUACCAAAAACUGAAUGCUAAAAAAAUUUUCUCUACUUUAAUUUGGUAGUCAGAACUUAGCACCCCUAUUAAUAGGAAAGAGUUCACACAAGAUAUAGUUUUGGAUAACAGUUUAUUAUCAUGCAUGUAACUAAAUGUCUUAAGAGGAAAAACAAAUUCUUAAACUCAUCUUUAAGGAGAAACAGAUAAUCAUUCCUAAUAUACAAUAAGGGGCAAAUAUGGAACAAUCUUAAUAAAAAAAAUGAUUUAAG